AUGGUCGGCACGAUGCACCGCCUGAAGAACAAGCUGCGGCUGCACAAGAAGGACGGGACGUGGGACCUCGACGAAGACUCGAUGCGUCUCAAGCAGCACGCCGACAACGCCGUGCGGCUCGACCGCAGCGGCACACUGACCGACACGAUCAACGAGACGGACGACGUGGACGAGAUGUUCUACGGCACGCAGUACCGGUCGACGACCAACGCCCCGCAGCACCGCUCGACCGACAAGUACUUGACGCUCACGUCGCUGAACGAAGACGCCGAGACGCCGUCCGGGGCCAGCGACGCCAGCAGCAGCUUCUCGCAGUUCAGCGACCACGCGGCGUCGAUCUCGAGCCUCAACUUGACCAGCACGUACCUCGGCCUGUCCGCGACGCCAAUGACGACGACCACCACGAGCCUCCACAACACACGUAGUGGUGCUGCUAUUGCUGCUGCUGGCAAAGCUUCCGAGCUCGAGCAGCUCCGGGCCGAACUGGUGGACGUCAAGCAGGAGGUCGCCGCGAUUCGAGAGCACGUCGUGAACGAGCUGCACGUGACCCGCUACGACGUGCUCAAGGAACUGGCGCUGCUCAAGGGCGCGAUCGCCCAGUUGGCGACCGCACCCCCCGUGGCCAUGAAGCGCUCGGUGUCGAACCCGCUGUCCCGUGCCGACCGCGUGGCGCUCACGCGGCAGACGUCGACGAUCACGUCGUCGGCCACGCGCGACCGACUGGCGGCGUCCCGCGCGCCCGUGCAAAAGGUGCUGCCGCCCGCAGCCCGUGCGAGCGUCCGCUUGACGCAGUUGGCUCCGGUCGCCGACGGUGCGCUGUCGACGCCACUGAGCGCCGCGCAGAUCAACGACAUGUUCCCCCUCAUUGGCUUCACGACAGAGCUGGCGGGACACGCGCGCAGACUGACGCCCGGCUCGCGGACGUGGGCGCUCAAUCGCGUCGACGAGUGGCUCGAGUCGCGGUUCACGGCCGGCACGGACGGCCUGUUGGCGGUCGUGGGCGACGGCGGUAGCGGGAAAAGCGCCUUCUGCGGCACGGUCGCCCAGCUCUACCGCGGCCGUCUCGUGGCCGCGCACUGCUGCCACUUCGACCGCAAGGGCAAGAGCAGUCCGCGCAACGUGCUGCUGUCCGUCGUGCAUCAGCUCGUGGACAACGUGCCGCUGUUCAAGAACCAACUCGCGCGGCUGAAUUUGAAGUACGUGCUGGAGGAAGCCGACCCGGCGCUGCUUGCGGCCAAAGUGCUUGUCGAGCCCCUGAAUGCGCUGGAGGAGCCCGUGGACGCUGCGUUCAUCCUCGUGGACGGCAUGGACCAGUGCGACGUGGGACCGCACGGUCGCAACGAACUGCUCGAGUUGCUCGCCGAGCUCCUGCCGCAACUGCCGUCGUGGCUCGGUGUCAUGGUCUCGUCCAAGCCGUCGUCCAAGCUCGCGAAGCGCCUGCCCGUGUCCUCGGUGCUGGAUUUCAGUGCCAAGAACGACGCGUUCGUAGCCGACGUGUCGUCGCUCGUGGACGACAUUGCCUGCAACUUCAGUGCCGAAGACGUGGACGAAGCCACGCGCGUGCUCACGCAGAAGAGUGGCGGGAACUUUGCGUACCUGGAGUUCACCAAGCAGGCGUUGUCGGGUAUGGCAGGCGCCGUGACCCUCGACGUGCUCCGUGAGUUACCCGAGACGCUGUACGACAUUUACGCCGAGAUCUUUGACGACAAGUUUGGGCCCGGCCGCGCCCGUGUGUGGAGCAAAGCUCAGCCGGUCCUGCAGCUUGCGAUCGGAGCAACGGCAGGACCGUACUCGCCCGUGACGGAAGAGCAAGCCCAAGAGCACUGUCAAUUAACGGCAGAAGACCUGCGGAUGCUACGGCGGUCGUUUGUCGACCUCGUGGCCGUCAAGCACGGCGCCUAUCGCAUCGAGAGCUCGGCGUUGUGUGCCUGGUUGUGCGACCCUGCUCGAUCCGAAGAGCAGUUCUACUUUAAUAUUGACGACGCGCUCCAGGCGCUGCGCAAGAUGCGUCGUGCUAGUGCUGGGGGUGCUCGAGCUGGCCGCGUGACCUCAAGCAGCUCGUCGGACGGCAGUGCGCCGUCUAGUCGAGCGCAGCCGUCGGCGCGAUCGCGCUCGCCUUUAAAGCUGCAGACCGAGUCGGACUUCCAGCCUGUGAGCAUUCUCAAGCACGGCCGAUUGUAA